UCUUGCAUAUCUUUCGUAACUCUGUGAAACGGAGAACGCAAAUUAAGAUCACAUGACGUUGUUACGUAGCUUCGGCACUCGUUGGCACAAUUUAGUAUCAGUUUGCCUCUGGAAACGUAACUGUCAUCGAUUAAAUAAAGUGUAUCGAACGAUAAGUCAGUUCUCUACCUGUGUAAAUAUGGCCAUACGAAUUCAAAAAUUAAUCUCGGAGAUCUAUAGCGCGUCAUUCUUAUGUUCAUCGAGGCAGCUCUCAAUAGCAUCGAGUCUCCAACAAAAAUGCGCCUUCAACUGGGAAGAUGCUCUGAAUUUAGAGUGUCGAUUGACGUCCGACGAGGUCCUAAUCAGAGACCAGUUUCGCAAUUACUGCGAAGAGAAACUGCUGCCACGGGUAAUCAACGCUAAUCGCUCGGAGACCAUCGACAGCGCGAUCAUCAAGGAACUUGGGGAGAUGGGAGUUCUUGGGUGUACGACCAAGGGCUACGGAGCUGCGGGCAUUUCGUCGGUGGCGUAUGGCCUUCUGGCCAAGGAAAUCGAAGCCAUCGAUAGUGGAUAUCGAUCAAUGUUCUCUGUCCAGUCGUCACUCGUUAUCGGGGCAAUCGAUGCAUACGGGAGUGACGCUCAGAAAGAGCGUUUCUUACCUCAAUUGAUAUCUGGAAAUCUCAUUGGAUGUUUCGGACUGACAGAGCCUAACCAUGGCAGUGACCCAGCGUCCAUGGAGACGCGCGCUAAAUUCGAUCCAUCUAAGAAAGUCUACAGACUUAAUGGUAGCAAGACAUGGAUCACGAGCUCUCCGAUAGCGGACGUACUGGUGGUGUGGGCGAAAUGCGAGGAGGACGAUGAGAUUCGUGGCUUCAUCGUUGAAAGGAAAAAUAACGAGAAGAAACUAUUCACACCGAAAAUCGAAGGGAAAUUCUCAUUGCGAGUAUCCGUAACGGGUAUGAUUUUGAUGGAUGAUGUUAUCGUACCGGAAGAAAAUUUAUUGCCUAAUGUUAAAGGAUUGAAGGGACCCUUCGCUUGCUUGAAUAAUGCGCGUUACGGCAUUAGUUGGGGUGCUUUGGGCGCCGCCGAGAUGUGCUUAAAAUUGGCGAGAACUUAUGUGCUCGAAAGGAAGCAAUUUAGCCGGCCUUUAGCCGCUAAUCAGAUAAUACAAAAAAAAAUGGCUGACAUGAUGACCGAGAUCUCGAUAGGUUUACAGGCUUGUUUGCAAGUUGGACGAUUAAAGGAUGAAAACAAAGCAACGCCGGAAAUGAUAUGCUUGAUAAAACGUAACUCUGCUGGAAAAGCAUUGGAAAUUGCAAGGACUGCGAGAGAUAUGCUAGGGGGAAACGGCAUUUCCGAUGAGUACCAUAUAAUUAGACAUGUAAUGAAUCUCGAGUCUGUUAAUACGUACGAAGGUACGCAUGACAUACAUGCGCUUAUUUUGGGACGAGCAAUUACAGGAAUUCCAGCAUUUCAAAGCUAGAAUAGAAAUAUUUUAGUUCUACGAAAUAUCAUGAUUUUGCAAUAAAUAAUGAAUGUUUAUAAAGGAACAUUUAUCGUGCUCAAAUGGAGCAUACUCGAAACCAUAC